AAUGCCGGUUGCGGUGUUAAUAAAAAACCUGCUGGCUGAUAGUUUUUGCCUUGGUCCCUUUACAACGCAACUUUUUAGGAGUGGAUUGCUAUUCCUUGCAACUGCAUUCCUUUGUACAAUUAGUAGCAUUUUCGCUUUAAAUUGUUGAACAAAUUUUUGUUUUUGUUGCACCAUCUUUUUAUUAUUACAAGCGUAUUAACAGCUUUUAUCAUAACUGUAUCAAAAAUACCACUAUGAUUUUCGUGUAAUACUGUAGAAGCUAUAAACUUAUCCGGAUAAAGUCUAUUCGCAACCGUAGUGUGUACAAAAGAGCACUUUACAUUGUUUUGAAGUUAUUAAUACCCUGAUAAACUUUACGAUCAGCACACAAAAUAUAUAGAAAGCGGAAAUGCUACAGUGCUACAGCUACAGCCAAUAGGCGCUGAUAUUCAAAUAGCUUUUUAGGCUGCCGUAUUUCGUAAACUGCAUAUUUAAUGACGAUUACCUUAAUGUAAUCUUAGCGCUAUGCAUUUCGUGCGACCCUGCAGUAAUCCAAUCAGCUGUUUGCAAACGUCAAUGGAAAUAAACAAAAAUAUUUGUGGCAACGAAUUACAAAAUUUAUAUUUUUCUUAAUUUGUGUAUAUUUUUAAAUAAAAUUAGUGAAAUUUUGGUGGUGGUUUUAGCAAAAUGGGUUUUCCACGUAUAUUAAGUAAAAAUAAUAAGAUAUAUACGAAACUGGGUGAGUUUUGCUUGUCGGGUGAUGCGAGUUUCUGGAUUGUUUGCCAAGUGUGCCAAGAAGAGCUACAAACACAAGAUCAAUUCUGGAAACAUAUACAAGAUGAGCACAACUUCAUGCAUGGCUUGGGAUUUAAACAGGAACAAGCACGAAAUUAUAUGGAGCCUGAGGCGACCACAACACACAUUAUGCCUUUGCCAUUAUAUCGUAAAGUUAAUGAAGAAGAACUACGUGCCAGUGGGGCGCUUGAUCAUGGUGGCGAUAAUUCACAGGAAAAGCAAGAACCAAAGGACUAUACAGAAAUGCGCGCCAUCGAACCGAAUGCAGUAGAAAUUGACAUAAAAGUCGAACCGCCUAGUAUAAGACAUGCACUAGCGUUGGCACCACCACCGCCCGUACCGCAGAACGUACACGCCGUUAGUAACGUUGCUGCAGGCGCUGGAACUGGCGUCACACAUCAAAACGUUGAGGUAAGCACAGCUACGCCAGCCUUAUAUCAACUGCCACCAGUGACACCAGCAAGUUCAUAUGGCACCACAAUUAUACAUAGUGCACCAACGCUAACACACACAAUGGGUAUGUCAAACGCAGCGGCGGCUGCGGCUUUGAUGUCCCAAGAAAUGCCAAAAGAAUCGAAUAGUACUACGGCGAGCGCCAGUAGUGCGAUGUCGUCAGAAGACGGUGAACGCUGGUAUGUAUGCGAUUAUGAAACCUGCGGCCUAAAGUUCAAAUAUCAGUCACGUUUAGAGUUGCACCGUGCUGUGCACAGUAAAGAGCGACGUUUUGCGUGCGAGCUUUGUGGCGCCUCGUUCAAACAAUCGUGCAAUUUGUCAACGCAUCGUAAGAAAAAACAUUUUCUGAAAGGUUCGAAGGGACUAGUGCCGCAGCGUUUUUAAAAUGCAACGCAACCUAACAAAUUAUAAAUUGAGUUUUUUAAUUUGUACACUGUUUUUAUUAUUUCUAUACUUUUUUGCGUCAUUUGCAAAUGUAGUUGCAAUAUUAUUUUUUAGUACCAAUAACAAAAACUAGUGUAGUUUUUAAGGAAAAAUAGCCUUUUAAAAAUACAAAAUAUUUCACUUAUAAAAGAAGAAAAAGUGAAAUUGAAAAAUAUAUUAUAUUUUUCCCAGAAAUUCGUGCAAGUUCAAGUUUAGUCUUAAGAAAAAUUGUUUUUUUUUCUCUUUAGUGUUAAGAGAUUUCUUUUGAAAUACAUAUUUACAAAAAUAUAUAAAUACUUUUUCUAUACUGUAUAUGUAAAUAACAUUUUACGUUAUUAAAUGCAUACGCAUAGAGUAUUGUAAAAUGUAAAUGUUUGAUUGUAAACAAAUCAAACGCGAUGGUACAAUUAAUAUGUUUUUAAGAUUUUAGUGGAUAAUAUAUUCUUUUUGCCCCGAUUCAGUACAAAAAUAAAA